AUGAAAUCGGCUUUGAGACACAUCUUCUUGACCAUGGUCUCGACUGCGCUGGUUGCGGGUAGCGGGGAAUGGAGUGAAGAUGCCGAAGACUUAGUGUCUACGGUCGAUGUGGACGCAGUGCUAGGGCGCACUGCGUCCUUGCCCUGUGACGUCACGCCCGACGCCAACGAAGACCGCGUGUACAUGGUGCUCUGGUUCCGGAAAAGUGGUGGGAAACCUAUAUACAGCUUUGACGUACGGGGGCGUUCAUUCAACAAAGCUCUACAAUGGUCGGAUCCUGGCGCUUUCGGACCACGAGCUUACUUCGCAACUGUCGCUCGACCGGCGGCCCUGACCUUGACCUCCGUGCAACUUGACGAUGAAGGCGUAUACCGAUGCAGAGUAGACUUCAAGAAUUCACCCACGAGAAAUUUUCAAAUACGGCUGACAGUUAUCGUGCCUCCUCAUCAAAUGUUAUUGUAUGACAAGUCAGGAGCUGAUGUGUCUGGAGUCGUAGGACCUUUGGAAGAAGGUGCAGCCUUAGUUCUGAUCUGCGAAGUACGCGGAGGUCGUCCAGAGCCGCUUGUUUCUUGGUGGAUAAACGGCGUACCGGCUCCUCAAUACAUUGGUAUCAAAACCGAUACUCACGUGGUGGUGAACAGGCUCGAACACCAAAAUUUGAAACGAGAUGAUCUGAACACGACCUUCAAAUGUAGAGCUACAAAUACUAAUUUGGUUCCACCUCAAGAGAAAGUUGUAAGGCUCGAACUAAAUCUGUCUCCGCUUUCCGUUUCUUUGCUGAACCGACCGCAGCAGUUGUUAGCCGGCUCAGCUGCGACCAUACGAUGCGUAUCCGAAGGCAGCCGACCUCCAGCACAGAUCUCAUGGUUUAAAGACAACAGGAGUUUUUCAAAAAACAUGAUAUCGGAUCACUCAAAUGAAACGUGGUCACUCAGUGCGUUAGUGUUCACUCCAGCGCCUACGGAUCACGGAACUACAAUCAAAUGCGUCGCAGCGAACCCUAGCCUACCUACUAAGACUAUCAACGAUCAGCUACUGCUUAAUGUUGUAUAUAGUCCCCUGGUGAUCCUGACUUUGGGCAGCACUCUCAACCCAGACGACAUCAAAGAAGGGGACGACGUUUACUUCGAGUGCAAUGUCCGAGCGAAUCCUCGGGAGCAUCGAAUAUCAUGGUACCACAAUGACAGGCCGGUGAUGCAGAACAUGUCUUCGGGUAUCAUCGUGAGUACGCGGUCUCUGGUUCUGCAGAAGGUUACGAGAGGAGAAGCCGGCGCCUAUACUUGCAAAGCGGCUAAUUCGAGAGGCGAAAGUUCCAGUCAGGCUGUUAAAUUGAGAGUGCAAUAUGCUCCGGUUUGCUCUGAACCAUCUCCUCAAGUAGUAGGGGCCGCAAUAGAUGAGGCUUUACAAGUUCGAUGCGCGGUCCACGCGGACCCUUCAGACGUAACUUUCUUAUGGCAAUUCAACAAUAGCGGAGAGAGUUUCGACGUUUCUCCAGCUAGAUAUGGUACAAUCAACAGCAGUGUAAGUGAGCUUCGGUACAGGCCAUCAAGUGAAAGGGAUUAUGGAGCUCUAACAUGCAGUGGUAUUAACACAGUAGGUCGGCAAACACAGCCCUGCGUUUUCCAAAUUGUUCCAGCUGCUCGCCCCUCACCUCCAAAGAAUUGCACAGUAACGUCUAGUAACAAUUCGACUUGGCUGGAAGACUCCAAAGAAGAAACGGAAGAUUUUCUGAUUGUGCGAUGUGUGACCGGCUAUGACGGCGGUCUUCCACAACUGGUUGUACUGGAAGCGGUUGAUUCUGACAGUGGAACUGUUAGAUUCAAUGUAACUGCCAAUGAAACAGAUGGAGUUGCCUUCUUCUCGGUGCCUUCAGGAGUUUUGUGGUCGAGUAGAAAUGCUUUAAGACUCACUGUACAUUCUAGAAACGAUAAAGGAUCCUCUGAACGUAUUUUGCUUCAAGCACUCACUUAUCAAGGACCGGAAAGGAGAACAGAUGGAGUCAAUAACUUAGUAGCCGGAGUAUCUAAAACUGCGUUUUGGGCCAUCAUUGUUACAUCUGUGAUCACCGCCAGCGCACUGAUACUCAUCGUGUAUUUUUUGAAAAGAAAGAGGGAGAGGCCGACAAUGAAACAAUCAUCAGAGCUUCAAAUCAACGCUGGAUCCGGUCAGUAUGUGGUAGCGUACACACUAAAACCUUCCAAACAAGCUCAACCUGAUAUCUUAAAUCCACCUUCUGAUGGGGGCACUCAAAUUGCUAAGGGCGUUGCAGGGACUGUCAAAAAUGGCACUCUACCCAUGAGUGACGAGUGGUCCGCCGGCGAAAGAACCCAGUACCCGUCGUCGCCGAAAACGUCACUCUCAAGUAAGCCAGCUGCCUCUGGGACCACCACGCUCAGUAGGAGAGAGCAUCUCAUAGCUGAAGAGAUCCCAGGACCGGAGAGUUGCGUAUAAGCAUGUACCAGCGUUUGUAAUGUCACUGUGUUUACAAAACGAUUGGCGUUUUUAUUUUAUUUUAUUGCUUAGACGGGUGGACGAGCUCACAGCCCACCUGGUCUUAA